AUGGAGGUAAUUCCCAUAUUCCUUGAUUUGCUCCGGUACAGGGUUAAAGCUCGUCCAUCAGGACUUCAAAGUAUCGAAUUGUCAGAGACUGCAGAAGUGCAAACGGAGGAGCAGCCUAGCCCAACUGAACAAGCUGGAUGCCUCUCGGAACUGAAAACUGAGACUUACAGUGGAGGAUGCGAGUCUUCUCCAUCUGACAGUAGUCCAGAGUUGAUUGUUGGCUGUGAAAACAUGCCUUUGACUGAAAUAAACCCUGGAGUUAAAAGAGAGCAGUCGAAGGAUGUUGAAAUUAUUGAUGUAAAUGCUAAUGACUCUGUCUGUAAUGGUGUUGAAUCAUCUUACAUGCACGGCUCUGAAGCUGUCAAAGAUCUGGGGGAUAUAGAAGAUUUAGAUGGAUCAAAUACAUGCUCAUCUGUUUUAGAAGAGAUUUCAGUCUGCAAGGAAGAGCAAGAUGAUAGUGAUUUGGCUAAGUGGAGUCCUACUUCAUGUUUGCCUAAUGGAUUUUCUUGUGUUGAUAAGAAUUCUUCUGUUUCAAUGGAUUAUGAAAACGCAAGGGAAGAUUCAAAUUCAAAGCAUGUAGAUGUGACUAAAUGCAAGGUAACAGCAAAUGGCUUUGCAAAUCAUAAUAAUAGUUAUGUCAGUGCAAACAAUUAUGAUGAUGUCCCAGUGGAAGACGGGGAUGGUUCUUUUCCCAUUGAAAUGACACCUUCAGCUGAAAAGCAUCAAUUUAAGGGGAGAUUGGCUUCCGACAAUUCUGAAGGUGACAAAGGAAAUGGAGUUAAGAAUGAGCAUCGGAGAAAGAGCAUUGACUUGUAG